AUGUCAGGUAAGUUUACAUCCAAUAACCCACAAAAAAUUUACUAAUCUCAAGCUUUUCAAAAAAAAGUUCUUUGAAAAAAAACAUACAGAAAUCAAAAAAAAGAACAGCCAAAAAUUAAUAGAACGUUUUCCAAUCAACCAAAAAUAAGGGGGCUUUCUCACGGGGUGGGGAAAAAAUAUGUUUAACUUCCCAAGUAAUCUUUUUAUUUUCAGGUCGGCGACCGGUAGAAGGCAGCGAAGAUGAAGUUUCAGAGUUUGGGGCCCGUCGGGAGGUAUUUUUACCUUUUUCCUUUUCUAGAACUCAAUUUUUGAAUUUAGGGUCGGGCGCAGUCGGAGAAGACUAGGGAAGAAGUUUCAAUACCUGCGAAAGGUAAAUUUUUAAGUAAAUCACAAAGGCUUCUGAGAAAAAGCUUCUUGGAUAAACACAGAAAGAAUCCUGUGCGCGCCUGAACCGUCCUCUCUCUCUCUCCGAGGCGGCUUGGCGCAUUGGUUAGAGGGCCAGUCUCAUGAUUAACUUUUUUGAGUAGGUUCGAUUCCUGUCGAGGGCAAAGCUGUUUUGCAUUUUUCUUAAGAACAAUAAACUUUUUAGAAGAUAAAAAAUCGAUUAAAGAGCAUUUCUCCUGGUUCAAAUGCUUCUCAAAAAAAUGAUUCGAGUGAAUAAAAGUCUUUUGCAAAGCAACUACCUCCAUCUAGAGAACAUUUUUCUUGAAUUUCUUCGAAAAUAUGAAACUAUAUUGAUGAAAAUUCUAAAUCUUUUCGAAUUUCGUAUCUUUACAAAGAGCUUUGUAUUUAAGAUAAAUGGAAAAAGAUUUCCGCUCAGGAAUCGAUCCUACUCAAAAAGUCAAUCAUGAGACUGCACAGUGUUCCCAAACAGGCGGCAGAUGUGGUCAUUGGGCGUGGCUGUAUGCAAUGGGGGCGCGGCUUAUUGCAAUAGUGGCGCGACAUUGAGAGCCGAUUUUUGUGCAUUUACUGGAUGAAAACAUAGCGUUGAAUAGUGUUUUUCAAGGCCUCCUUGAACUUUUAUAAUAGUUUUAAUAUAGUCCAACGCACAAUGAACCUAUUGAAAAUGGAAUAUGAACGGAAUCGCUUUUGCCAAAAGAUUUAUCACACGAAAUGCCUUUUUUCAGGAGAAUUCUUCGCGUAAAGUCCUAAAACAUUUCUUGAAGGAAAAAACCCAUGACGGUUCUCUCAAAAAACGCAUUCUGAAUAUUCUGAAACGAAAAAUCAAUUAGCUUCGGCACAAAAAAAUUUAUAACUCAAAAAAAGUCAUUUUAGACAACAUAUGUUUAUUAAAAACGUCAAAAAAAUUUUUGAAAAAAAGCUCUAGGCGUUUAUCUUGAGAAACUCAUUCUGAGCAUUUUAAAACAAAAACAUGAACCAAGUAGCUUCUGCAAAAAAAAAGUUACAAUUCAAAAUGUCAUUUUAGUCGAAAUUUCGGGACCACCUCGAUCAAAAAAUUGACUCAAGUACCUCUCAAACGCAUCCAACACGGUUAUAUUACACAACAGAAAGUAAAACGAUUCAAAAAUCUAAAAAAAUACGCGGGAAAAAAAAGGAAAAAACUAUAUUUAAACUGAAUGAAAUUUUGAUAGGUUGACACGCGCCGCACCGCGAUGCGUUAGAAUGAACUCGCGUUUUCGCCCCAUUGAGACGACCAUUGUUUUCGCCUGCGCUCGCCUGUUUUGAAACACUGUGGACUGGCCCUCUAACCACUGCGCCAGGCCACCUCGGUGAGAGAGGAAGGUUCAGGCGCGCACAGGACUCUUUCUGGGUUUAUCCAAGAAGCUUUUACUCGGAAGCCUAUGUGGUUUAGCAGAUAUUCUCUCUUGUUUCCAAGAGCUCCUACCUAACCUGGUAAGUCUAUAAGCCACCGUAGUUUCAACUUGAUACUCGUAGCCGAGCCUGAUUAGUUCCCUAGUUAGUAUUUUCAAAGUUGUUUUCUGAUUGGCUGGUCACGCCCUUUUUUUUUGAGAUUCUAAAGCGGAACGAGCCAAUCAGAGAGUUGAAAAACUUGAUAUGAACGAACAAAAAGGCUGAAUGUGAAAUAAAUUUUUAGAAUUUUCUUCAAAUAGGAGUAAAUUUCAAUAAUUUCGAUUCAAAUUGUCACUUUCAGAAAUGGAAAUAUAAUUUCUAAAUGAAUACCUUCCAGAGGUCGCUUGACUACGGUGGGACUGCUCCAUGAACGUCAAAGAGGACGAUGGAUUCAUCGAGGAUUUGAAGAAUACUUGAAACUGUUUCUUAGCUUGUGAUUUUCCAGAACAAGGAGUUGACGACCGUUGGUCGAGUUGGUCGCAACUUUUUGGUCAAGUAAGCUCCACUAGUUCGACUUCAGCAACGGAAAUAUCCUUUGAAAGACGCUGGGUCAAAUUCCACCGUGGAGUAGUCGAUAGGCCUUUUGGUUAGUGGAAUCAAUGAUGAGGUUUCACGGCGUUUUUGUCAGUGGAAGAAAAGGCAAAGCCAAAAAUGAAGAGGGCGUGGUCAAAGCCUCCGGCGUUCCCAUGUGACGUCAUGAGAAAAAAGCGUAAACAACGGAAUAUUAAAGGCGCAUGAGACAAAUAAUUUUCUUAUUUUGAAAAACACAAUUUCUUGAUUUAUCAGGCUAUCCAAUAGUUCUUGUCCGAAAAUUUUCAAAACUUCAUAAUUUUCUUUAGAAGUGUUUAAAUAUCAGGCAAGUGUGAGAACCUUCUAGAAGGUUCUCCAGUGUUCCACGCUAGGGGCAGGCUUGUGCGAGGGCCGGCCCGUCACCCUCUCGGCCCUCCGACCAUUUCGUAAGCCCGGCCCGGCCCGGUCUUAGCGAUUCGGGCCGGGCGAGCCUCAGGAAAAAAAUGGCCCGCCCGGCCCGAAUCGCGCAAUUUUUUCCAGUCGGAUAUCAAGUUUUUUUACGACAAAAAAAUUACGUUUUUUUGCUCAUUUUUUUCUCUUAAAGUUUAACAAAAAAACUAUGAUUUCAGAAGUAAAAAGUCACAUUUCGGUGAAAAAUUUUUUUAAAUGAAAUUUUUAAAUUAUUUUUUUGAAGCCCGGCCCGGCCCGAGCCCACGCGGGCUUUUUUUCCUGAAAAAUGAGGCCCAAAGCCCGGGCGACCCGACCUGUCGCACAAGCCUGGCUAGGGGUAUAUAAGGCGCAGUCGCAGCGUCUAGCUACCAGUAGAAGCUAAAAGGGACCAAGGUCAAAUUCGUACGUUCGUAUACUACGAGCUGCUGCUGAUCAACGACACGGGCAUCGCGGUCGCCAACAUCUGCAGAGCGUGCAAGGAGGAUGCAGUGUCUCAAUGCACAGUCAGGCGCUGGUUUAAUCGUUUCGAGAGCGGCGACACGAGCCUCGAGAACAGGGAGCCCAGCGAGAGGCCUUCUACAGUGGAUGAUGACGAAUUCCGUCGCUGUAUCAAGGAGAAGCCAGAAGUCAACAUCCGUGAACUGACGACGACGCUCGGCCGCACCAAGUUCACCAUCCACAAUCGACUCAACUCACCCGGCUACCACAAAGUUCUGCCCUGUUGGAUCCCGGCCGUCUGA